AUGAGUGCUCCAGCAGGCAGGGCAGCGCUCCUGUGUCUGCUGGCCGUUGCGUGGGCAGCCACAGUCUCAGCGCAAGUCAAGCUCAUCGAUGUAGUCUGCGCGUCUGGAGUCGUUAACUUUACGGCCACAGACCUGCCGGCGGCGUGCGGAGGCUCCCUAAAGGCUAAGCUGCAGGGCACGACCAACGUCACCACAGGAUCCUUCACCCUCAAGGUCUUCAAGCCCCUCACACCCUUCAUGCUGCCCUCGGAGACCAGCACCAGCGCCCUCGCCACCUUGUGCGGCACUGCAUACCUCGUGGUGGUCCUCAGCAACAGCACCAGCCUCGACCAGGAGGUCGUGUCGGGAUUCAUACCAUGCAAUGACGAAGCUGUGGACCUGCAGUGGCAGUUUCCCAGCAAUGGCACAUUUAGCAUCGUCAUCCGACCAGGCCAGACUAUCGACACUAAGAUCGUGCUGAAGCUGGUCAACUCCGGUACAUCAGACUUGAAGGCGCGAAUGCCUCUAGACGCGCCUGAGGUGAAAGUGAUUGUCGCUGGUGAGGGCACCAUCCCGUACUACUUCGGCGACACCUCGAACAUGUGA